AAGCUCGGUGUUGAAAACAAAAUGUGACGUGGCUAAUCCUGCAGGAGAAAAAUAGAUCAAAACAGAGCUGAGAUUGAUUUUAACAGGAGAAAUUCAGAGUUUUUAACGUGUCGGAGCUGGGUUAUAAACUAAAAUCAUCCGGUUAAAGACUUAAAGCUGUUGCUUGUGGGAGGAAAAGCAGUUAGCAGCCUGAGGUAACGUUCACUGCUAACACCAGGAGCUGACAGCUGAGCAGAAUAAAAGGUAUGCACUGAAACGCUAAGAUGUCAGACAGUGUAGAUCCAGCCGCGGAGGGUCCAGUUGAGGUCGCAGAGACGCAGGACACUUCACCUGCGGAGACACCCGACAGUUCUUCACCUACCACCCCUGACGGCAGUUCAAAUGACAUUUGCACUGAUGUGGCCGCUACGAGGAAAACCAGGAAGAGACCAGAACCCAAACCUGCAGUUGAAGUCAAGGAGACGCCUAAAGAGGAAGAACAGCCAGCAAAGAUGUCCAGUGAGUCCUCUGUGGCUCAGGGUGGAUGGGGAUACUGGGGCAGCUGGGGAAAGUCCAUUUUAUCCACAGCAACAGCCACUGUAGCCACUGUGGGCCAAGGCCUUACUCAGGUGAUAGAGAAGGCUGAGACGUCACUAGGAAUCCCUAGUCCCACUGAACUCUCAGCAGAGGUCGAAGAAGAGCAGAAGCAGCUCGAAGCGUCGGGCAGUGAGACAGACAGAACUGAAGAUCAAGCAUCAUCACCUGUUGGAAGUGCGAUCGGGAUGUUGUCAUCACUAACCAGCGUUGUUCAGAGCACGGGGAAGACGGUGAUAACAGGUGGUCUGGACGCUCUGGAGUUUAUUGGGAAGAAGACGAUGGAUGUAAUAGCAGAAGGUGACCCCGGGUUUAAGAAAACCAAAGGCCUGAUGAACAGGAACGCCACUCUGUCUCAGGUGUUGAGGGAAGCGAAGGAGCGCGAGGAGCUGCAAACGGCCGAAAGGGACCCUGCAGAUUCAGAGAGGAAGGCGGUCGCUCAUUAUGGAAUGUUGUUCGAUGAAUUUCAGGGUUUGUCACACCUGGAGGCGCUCGAGAUUCUAUCACGAGAGAGUGAGUCGAAGGUGAAGUCGGUGCUGACCACUUUGUCUGGAGACGAACUACAGCAGCUCAGAAAAGAACUCAACCUCAUCAAAGAGUCUUUCUCGCUGGUGGAGUUUGAUGAUGAAGACGUGGAUGAGAAGAAAGAUGAAGAUGGAUCAGAGUUUGAGAGAGAGUUAACAGAGGCCUUGGCCGGUCUCAGUGUUUCUACCACAGCUGGCAAACUCACCAAGGCAUGCAGGAGCACGUGCAGCCAAAUUACUGCCAUGACCAAACCCGAGAAUCAAGAAGAAGCGAGUGAGGAGGACAUUAAGGAAGCUGUCUCAGUAGAGGAUGUUCACGCCGCGGCCAUCAGGAGUUUAGCAGAACUGACGGCGCGAUCCAUCGAGUUGUUCCACAAACUGGCAGAGAUGGUCCUGUUCUCCAACGGCAGCACAGAGGCCAGCGUCCUGUCACAGUUGACUGUGAUACUGUGUAAAGAAAUCUCCCUGCUUUCCAAGAUGUUCACCUCCUGCUUAACAGCAACAGGGUCAAAUGAGAAGGGGGACGUGCUCAAUCCACUGAUAACCGGAGUCUUCUUAGAGGCGUCCAACAGCGCUUCUUACAUCCAGGACGCUUUCCAACUCCUGAUGCCGAUUCUGGAGAUUUCUCACAUCGAGAGAAGAGCCGAGUCCACACAGGAGUGAAGGCCUCCAUCAGCACUGCCCGACUGGUGUUUGAGGGAUCAUUUUUUUCAACAGAUUCUCUGCUCAGACUAACAACAGCAGGCAGUUCAUCCUAUGCGCUGCUGUCGUCUGAAAAUGUUUAACAACACAUCAGCGGGUGCAGUCACACGGACAACGAUGAAAAACAUUCUGAUCAGAGAAUUCAGCUGAAAUGUUCAUGGAUGCCAAAUAAAGCGACAGAUUGAUAAAUAUACUGUAUUGAUCCCAAACUGGGAAAUUGUAGGGCAGCAGCAGCAAAAAUAGGAUUUAAGAAUAAAAAUAAAAUAGAAGAGCAAACACACUAUACAUAAUAAAUUAGAAGAAUAAAAACAGAACUGGUAAAAGGUGCAACAAUAAACUGUAAUGUGCAAAAUAAAAUACAAUUUUUGUAUAAAUAACACUAAAGUGUGUUGUGGAAAUAGGUUUAUGACCAGGUUUAAACAUCCGGCAAAGAUGAGUUUAUUGUACAAUGGAAUGGAACGUGAUGCGAUACGAUGUGUAUUUACGAGUCCAAAAACAUUUAAUCGGAAUACGCGAUACUUGAGCAUGAUAGGCACAAAAUUAGUUUUUCAGCACUGACAAAUACAUUUCUGAUGAAUAUAAAUAAAUAUACAAAUACAUAAAUUGAAAAGUGCUUUAUACUGUUAUGUAUGGGAAAAACAGAAUAAAAGUAGAAGAAUGUAUAAUUAAAAAGCAUGAAUAAAAUAUGAAAGGAAAGAAUUAAUUCAAAUAGAGCAAUGCGAGCCUGGAGGGCAGCCUCAAGAAAAACACACUUAAGUUGAAAACACUUAAUUGUUACAUAUGAAAAUUUAAAAAAAAAAAAUGUAAGCAAGUUAAAAAAAAAAAAAAAUUGUUCUGGUAAAAAUACAUCUUCAAAGGUGAUGGAGAUUUUUAAGACAUCUCAGUUUGUCACGCAGCACUCUGAAAAAAAAAAAAACUGCAGAAAAAAGUGAUGGUGAGUAUCAAACUGUUUCACAAAUUUCCCCCUGCGAAUUAAUCAAAUAUUUCCAAUUCUGAUUCUAUUGUGUUAAAAAGUGUCCCCUUCAGUUUUCAAAAUGGAAAUAUGUCGUGUGACGAAGCUCAUUGAUGUGUUUUAAUUGUUUUCAGACAACAGCGGAGCUUUACAGCACAGAUUAAUGCCAUAAAUCAGGUUAUAGACAGAUGAAUUCACUGCUGUUGUGUCUCCAAACAUAGGAAUUUUUCGAUUAAACUUCAGCAAAUCACCGGAUUUGUCCUUGAAAAGAUUUUAGAACAGCCUGGUUUAGCUGCGCUCUGGUUGGUUUUCAGCUCAGGAUACAAUCAUUUCAUGGGAAGGAAAGUAUUCUAUUUUUUUUUUUUUUUUUCUUCUUCUUUUGUUAAACAGUGUUAAUGUGUGAUUCACAGCAGAUCGACGGUGUUGGAGAAAGUCCGGACCGAUCAGAUCGAGUCUGAGGAGUACACACCGACUCUUCUUUUAUGGACAUUUAAUUAAAGGCGUACAGGAAAUUAACACCAGUGAUGUUAUAAAAUGUGUCAGUAAAAUGAAUAAGGAGAUAUACAGUAUAUUGAUAAUGUGUUUUUCUUCAUGAGUCAACAACGUGGUGUGUUGCUGCUUUUUGAAACACAUGCGACCUAAUACACACUCAAGGCUUUAACUGACUUCAUAACCGAUAAAAUAACCUGUUAAUAUCCGCUGUUGAAUUUUAGAAUGUCAUUUACAACACUUCAAGUUCUAACUGACGCUGGUGGUUUUGUCAUUUUUGUCAAAAUUGUCAAAAAGCAAGUU